ACUGAGAACAUCAAGGACGAGCACAAGGACAAAGGCCCGGCUGCCCAUGGACAAGGCUGAUUUCUCAGAGCGUAAGGCUUCCAAGCAACGGGAGGGCUUCCCUGACGAUGGGGGUUUCUCCCAAACUAAGCUACACGCCAAUCACAACUUUUCCUCGGAAAACAUCCUGGGUGCCUCAGAUCGAGUGAUUCCAACAGCAGAGGGCCCUCAAGAGGGGGCUGCCCAUGAAGGGACGCGCAGAAAUGCAGGCGCGGUUAUGACUCUGGGGAAAACGACUGAACACGCUGCCAAGAAAAAAUCUGAUGAAGAGCAACGCUGCCCCCCAACUCUCCACAUCCCAGCUAAGAAAGGCGGCCGUUCAAAGUCAGACCUUUCUGAUGUUUUACAGCAUCAUCUUUCCAAAGAGGAGCUUUUAAAAGGCCAAGGCAGUCAUUGUGAAACUCUCCCAGAGGUCUCCAGUGCGGACAGUCUUGAUGAAGCCAUUGUUAAAAGUUUUAUUUUGCAUUAUGUUAAGAGUUUUUGGCCAAAAGAACCAACCCCAGAACUCGCUGACCAGCUCAACCCCCUGAGGGAGGAUGACAUGGGCAGUGAGCCCCGCUGCUGCCCCACCAUGACAGCAGAAAACACCUCUGAGACAGAAGAGCCAGUGGCUGCGGGAGACGGCAGCCUUCCACAAAGUUCCACUUUUCUAACUAAAUCCAAGAGUCCAAGCAAUAAACAAAAAGGCUGCCAAGGGCAGAAACUGCAGACAGAAAACACAAGAUCAGGCCCUGGGUUCAAAUAUGGCCAAGUCUGUUACCAGUUCUCUGAUCACUCUAGUGUUGCUCCCCAAGUGAAAAUCCCUAAAAAUAAUACUAUUGAUAAACCGCUUUCAACAGAUAAACAAGCCAGCUUUUCUCCUGAACUGAGAGCUGGGUUAGCUCUUGGGCAAGAAAUUCCAGAAGGCACGGGUAGGCCAGACUGUGCUGAGAAGGAAGAGCAGGAAAGGAAGACUGGGGACCCCUCCCAGCAGACAGAGGGUGUGGCUACCAUGAGUUCGGUGUUAGUGAGAGCAACAGACCUGAUGAAGCCUGCAACACACAGCCACCAAGAACAUCUCACAGGAACAGGAUCCGAGACACGCCCCUGGAAGCUGUCAUCAACCUCUCAGAAAGACCCUGCCUUGAGUUCUUCCAUAUUCCAGAAGAUAUCCCAAGGGAGAGAGAUGUGCCAGAAGCUAAAAGAACAGACUGAUCAGCUGAAGACUAAAGUGCAAGAAUUUUCCAGAAGCCUAGCACAGGACUCCCCCAGCUACGAGCAAGACGAGAGGCUGGAGCUGCAGAAACUGCAGGCACAUCUGGAACUGCUGAAGCAGGAGUUUGUGGCUGAGGAGCAGCUGACUUUGGAACAGCAAGUCCACAAGCCUAAAUCCCCAGCUGUCAGUGACUAUGACCCCAAAAGGAAAGCGGAAGGUGAAGUCUCCAGGAUGGAGAUGCUACUUGAAGAUGUUGAAGGGAAGGUUGAUGAAGGCAAACACACUUCAGCUGGCUCUCUUCCCGAGAGUUCUCCAACCCUCCCAGGUGGCCUGCUAUCCGCAUCCUCUCCACCCUCAGAUGAGGUAAUGCAUAACCUAUAUUGGAAGCAAACCCUGGAGAAAGGCCACAGAAGGACCAGCUGUGGAGGGCUUCCCAUUGCCCUUCAGGAAAAGGCACCUCAUCCAGACUCACUUCUCAGUGCUGAUACAGGACUCAGCGGCUCUUCUGCUCCCGGCGCUGGGCUGCAGAACACCUGCGAGAGCUGUGGCACUAGGACUCCCAAUUGCCCCAGAGGCGGCCGGAAAGAACCACUUAAAGGUCAGGGCGACCAGGGAGCCGCCAAAGAGGUCAGAAGUGGGGACGGCUGUGGUUCCCAGGCAAUGAGUCUUAUUUUUAAUCUUUCCUUUUUAGAAUUUCAUUACAGAUACAACACCCCGGGACAGAAUUACUUAAAUCAUAGCGAAGGAAGAGCCUUUGUCCAGUUCCGCUUUUUAAAUGGAAAUAAGAAUUCUCCACCUUCUUAUUCCAAACCAAACUGGAUCUGUUCCCAGAGAGCAAAUUCAAAGUCCUCUCAAGAUGAGCGAGAGCCCAAACCAGGAAAAAAAAACCUUAAGGCUCCCAUGACCUCCACUUCAGACCUGGCUACAUCCUCCCCCCAUUUCCACUCUGGCAGGGUUUCUGGAGGCCAAUCCUUAAGCAACGUUAGCAGUGACGAAGAAACGAAAUCUGAGGGUUUAGCCGUGUCUCUGGACCAUGCCCUGAGGACAGCAAACAUUUUGAAAGAAACAACUGAUCAAAUGAUCAGAACUAUUGCAGAAGAUCUCGCCAAACUACAGAGAUGGAGGAAUCGAUUGAAAUACUGGUUUGAUGCAAGGUGACUGGGGAUUUGAGAAAAAAAGAAAGGCAAAGAAAACUUAAUCUUCCCCUCAAAUUAUUUUACUUAUUACACAAUUUAGGAUAAAUUUCUAGAGAAAAUGCCAAAACCAUAAGAAAUGGGAACACAACGGUACUUAAAUGAGAAAAAAGGGACCUCUGAUUCUUAUACUCUAAUCAACAAGUAUUUAUUUGAAAAUAAAUCUGUUAUUCCUAACACAUAAUAAGA